AUGAGUAUGGGGCUGGCCAAGGCAAGUGAAUGUGCUACUAUAGAAAAUGCAAUAGAAACUGAAUGUGCCAUCGAUCCUGUGACGAAAGAAUCUAUUCCUAACAAUGUCAUCUCGCAGACAAAUCUAACGGAACUUGAACGAUAUCUUACCGGGAUUCUCAAUGGAUUGCAAAAACAACAGGAAAUACAGAAUAAUGAAGUUUUGCAAGUCAUUCUGCAACAGCAUCAAAAUAUUGAUGGGACCUUUAGCCCUACUGCACCCUCAAUUUCUUUGAAUGCAGUCUCUGCACAUUCGAGUGCCUGGACGUUCACACAAGGUUUGAUACUAGGUCAAUUAUCCGUUAUAAUGCUCGUUAUAACAUUCAUCAAAUUUUUUGUGUUUACAGAAGCUGCUCCGACGCAACCAAGUUCAAUUUCAUAUAAGAAGAACAAAGUUCCUAUAAUUAAAAAUGGUAAACCAGGAGAUAUUGACAUACCUAGAGCACAAAAUACCAAUACAAGUCGCAUAUCAACGGAUAAUCCUAAUGACAUACCAAUAUCGCCAAAUUUGGAGCAUUUUAAUCAUCAGAAUGAGGCUACUAAUGUCCUUGGGUAUGAUAUGAGAUCUGACUAUGAUGAAACCUUGACAUCAAUCCUUGAGAAAACUUACUACGAUGUGAAAACGCACAAACCGGAAUCACUUGACUGGUUUAAUGUUCUUAUCGCACAGAUAAUAUCACAGGCGAGACUGGAAGCUUUGAAUGAUGGCAAUAUUUAUGAAUCUUUGAAUAGAGCAUUAAACUCACCGGUUGUUUUACAGUACUUUGAUGCAAUAAAGAUAACGGAGAUUAACAUUGGUGAUGAUUAUCCAAUAUUCAGUAAUUGUCGUGUGAAAAACAAUGAAGGGAGAUUAGAAGCUAAAAUUGACGUUGAUGUUUCCGACACUAUUACGCUAGGUGUUGAAACAAACUUGCUUAUUAAUAAACCCAAAAUGCUGAGUGCUAGCUUACCUAUCAAGCUCUCGAUUUCCGUUGUAAGAUUCAGUGCGUGUUUGACUGUUUCAUUGAUUGCAACUGAUGAUAAAGAUCAAGCGGACAAUGAAAAUGGGAAUCUCAACAAUUGUGAUAUGGGCAGAACAAAAUCCAAAACACAAUCAAGCGAAUGUACUAAUGGGGAAAAUGGUGGGCAAGAGAAGAGAAACGGACAGGCCAUUGCUUUGAUGUUUUCGUUUAGCCCUGAUUUUCGUUUGGAGUUUGAAAUUAAAUCUUUGAUUGGAUCAAAGGCCAAAUUGGAGAACAUUCCACGGAUCAGCUCAAUACUUGAAAACGUUAUUCGGAAAUGGUUUAUUGAAAGAUGCAUUGAGCCACGGUUCCAAUUAAUCAAGUUACCUUCGAUGUGGCCCAGAAAGAAAAAUACAAGAGAAAACGUUCAAUCUGAUUAG